AUGAUUGGAAAAUCGACGUUUAUGAAUGAGUUAUCCUCAGCUUUGCUUCGCAGGCAAAGUCCAAGUCCCUUGAGACUAAUGCCUUUUUCCUUAACGUUUCCUCCUAUUCGAACAUCAGCCAAGCAUGGAGGAGGUUCUGCAAAGAAUUCAGGUGAUUCAGCUGGCCGUCGUCUUGGUGUUAAGCGUUCAGAGAACCAAUACGUGAAUGCUGGUGAAAUUUUGAUACGACAAAGAGGUACAAAGUUCCAUCCUGGAGACAAUGCCAAACUUGGACGUGAUUUUACUAUUUUUGCAACCGUUUCCGGGUACGUUAAAUUUUUUCAAAAGCAAAUCUCCCUUCGCCGCACCAGGAAGUAUGUUGGUAUCGUUUUUGAUCGACAAACCAGCUUGCCUAGACCAGAGGAAGAACCAACUAUUCGAAGAGUUAACAAGUUUAUUGUACCAGAAGUCUCCUCGGCCGCUGCUUCUUCUUAA